AUGGAGGACGGCCAAGAAAGAUUGCUGGCAGCAAACAGCGGCCAGCGCUCGCAGCUUCCAACCGAUGCACUUAUUUUGCAAAUUCUCGAGCAACUGAAACAGCAACAACUCGUGACAAAUCAACUCCUCCACCAGCAGUACGAGUCCCAAGAACAGCAACGAGCUUUCAUCCGGCAGCAGGGAGAUGCACUCCGGAAUAUUCAAGUACCGACUAAUCCAGAAACCAUCCUGGAUUCAUUAGCGGCCAACGUGAAGGAAUUUCGGUAUGAUGUGGAGAGUAACAUAACCUUUGCUGCUUGGUUCACCCGUUACGAGGAUCUAUUCGCAAGCGACGCUGCCCGCCUUGAUGAUCCAGCAAAAGUGAGACUGUUAAUCCGUAAACUCGGUCUCGCUGAACACGAACGCUAUUUGAGCUUCAUCCUACCGAAAACCCCGAAGGACUUCACCUUCGAUGAAACAGUUACCAAGCUAACAGGUUUGUUCGGUACAAGUGAAUCAUUAAUCAGCAGACGGUAUCGUUGCCUGCAGGUUACCAAAGGGCCGACUGAAGACUUCGUGACGUACUCCUGCCGUGUAAAUAAAAGCUGCGUUGAGUUCGAGUUGGGAAAAUUAUCGGAGGAAGAAUUUAAGUCGCUUAUCUACGUUUGCGGUCUGAAAUCCGAGGCUGAUGCUGAAAUAAGGACCCGACUACUGACGAUGAUAGAGGAUAGAACGAGUGUCACCCUAGAGCACCUAUCCUCCGAAUGCAAGCGGCUGAUGAACCUCCGACACGAUACCGCUAUGAUAGAAAAUACGGCGAAUGCGGUCAACGUCAUCAAAAAGCAGCAACCUUUUCGAAAGCGGCAACAAUAUAGCGGGGAAAGAACGCCGAAAUCAGAGGUCAACCGAAAUGCUUCGCAUAGCAGAGACAAGCGCGAACCAGCGAGUCCCUGCUGGAAUUGUGGCAUGAUGCAUUAUGCUCGUGACUGCAGUUUCAAGAAACAUCGAUGUACGGAAUGCAACAGGUUCGGGCAUAAAGAAGGUUACUGUUCCACUUCGCAGAAGUCCCGCCGCAGGCAAUUCAGACGCAAAUCAAACAGCAUUACAGUGUCUACCAAAAUUGUCUCCGCCUCUACUGGCACCGUCUUUGUAGUUGCGCAAAACUUGCAUAUCAUGGGACUGGAUCUAAUAGAAGUGUUUCAGCUCGACUCGGUCCCUAUGAAAGCGUUUUGUCAGCAAAUUGAUUCGAGUACGGUGGUUGAUAAGUUAAAAGCAGAUUUUCCGGAAGUUUUUAGUACCACUCUGGGGAAGUGCAGUAAGGCGACAGUAAAGCUGGAACUCAAGCCGGGGCAGAAAGCAGUUUUUCGACCGAAACGCCCGGUGGCUUAUGCAACCCACCGUGCUGUAGACGACGAAUUGGAUCGUCUCGAACGCAUGAAAAUCAUCACGCCGGUGGACUACUCCGAAUGGGCCGCACCAAUUGUGGUCGAAAGCGAAUGGGAACAUUCGGAUUUGCGGUGA